ACCACUCGUCGUAAAAAUAUGUUAUCUUCUCAACACCGGAAAUACCGAUUUUAGCUGCGAUAGUAACUUGACGCUGCUGCGUAGUGGGCUGGUUUCCAGAACCGAAAGUGGGGUGAAAACCUGCCGGUUUGUCGUCUCAGGUCCGUCUCGUCAUCUCUUUUUUGCGGGUAACUGCUGACAAUUUUUCCGGCGGCGUCCACUCGGUUCAGUUGCUGUGUUUUUAAGAGCCAAAGAGCCACGAGAAGCGAACAUGGAGAUCGAGAAGGAAGUGAAGAAGAUGACGCUGGGACACGAGUUUGGCGCGGGCGCCGCCUGCCUCAAGUGUAAAGACAAAUGUGAAGGCUUCGAGCUUCAUUUCUGGAGAAAAAUCUGUCGUAACUGCAAGUGUGGGCUCGCGGAGCACAAUGUGCAGAUGAACACAGAGGAGAACAAAAAGGUGGGGAAGCUCUUCGAGGACACCAAGUACACCGGCCUCAUUGCCAAGCUGAAGACGGACGGUGUCCCCGUGUACCGCGGCAACGCCGUCACCAUCACGCUGGGCGGCCCCGCCACUGCCCAAAUAGUGUUACCGGGCACCGCCCACACCGUGUUACCCGCCUCCGCCACCGCAGCCGUACCUCACACCACUACUGGCGCUCCAAGUUCCGUCCCGCCUGCUACAGCCACAGGAGGUACCGCAUCCGGUGGCUUACCGGCAGCCUCAGCAAUUACGCCAUCCGGCGGCGCCCAAGCCCGGCCGGCUGGAGUUGCCCCCGUCAAGGCGAACACAGCGAGCGUUUCCAUCAGUUCCACGCCUGCCAACGUGGUGCCGGUCAACAAAGAAACGCCUCUUCAGUCUGUCACGUAUGAGUGGGCGCCCCCGGUGGCGAACAAAUAUGUGGCGGUGCGCUACAUCGAGCUACUCCCGCCCGAGAAGCGGCCCGUGGCGGGCACAGAAGGCGCCGCCUACCGCCGCCAACAGAUGGCCCGCCAGCUGCCCGAGCACGACCAGGACCCGGCCAAGUGCCACGAGCUGAGCCCGGCCGAAGUCAAAAAGAUGCAGCAGUUUGUGCGCAAGUACAAGGACGAGGCUCUGGGUGUCGGCGACGUGAGGCUGCCCGAGGAGAUGGUUCUGCUGAAGGCUGCGGAGACGGGUCAAGGUGAGCCAGGCGGUGCCGGAGGCGCUAAAGCAGCGGGACCAGGAGCAGUGGGUCUCAAGGGGGCCACUGGAGCUGGAGGGGCUGGCCCCGUGUCCGCUGGAGGCGCCGUGGGUACCGCGGCUACUGCUGGAGCCAUGGCCGCCCCAGGAGCCACGCAGCAAAGCUUCUCGUGCCGCCGCUGCAAUCAGCCGAUGCGCGUUGGCGACCCGGCCGUGUACGCCGAGCGGGCCGGUUACGACAAGCUGUGGCACCCGGCCUGCUUCGUGUGCUGCACCUGCGACGAGCUGCUGGUGGACAUGAUCUACUUCUGGAAGCGCGGAAAACUCUACUGCGGACGUCACUAUGGCGACAGCGAGAAGCCGCGUUGCGCCGGGUGCGAUGAGCUGAUCUUCAGUAACGAGUACACGCAGGCCGAGGGCCACAACUGGCACCUGAAGCAUUUCUGCUGCUUCGACUGCGACCUGGUCUUGGCCGGAGAGACGUACGUGAUGGAGCAGGACAAGCCCGUCUGCACGGCCUGCUAUAUGAACAACUACGCUGUGAAAUGUUCGGGCUGCGGUCAGGCGGUGGAGCCCGAGGCUCAGCGCGUGUCGUACGGCGAGCACCACUGGCACGCGGCCCCGCAGUGCUUCAAGUGCUCCGGCUGCGCCAAGGUUCUGAUGGGCCAGCGCUUCAUGGCGGUGCAAGGACGGCUCUUCUGCUCCGUCGAGUGCAAGAAGAAGGCGUAAAUUCCAGAUGCCAGCAGUGCGUUAAAGUGAAGCCAUUUGUACGAGUGCCUUAAAGUCUGCACUUUUUUUUUCUAUUCAGGUCUCAGUCAUGUAACUACUGAAAACUCCAUUCGCUUCUUUCAUUCAAAUAUGAGUUUAUGACUGAAUAUUUGCUGAGCAGCCAUGUGGGCUCAUUUUGUACAUUUCCAAGGGUACUCUUAGAGAGUUUGUCCAGUUGCUAAAAAAUCUGAAGCAUGUACGGUAUUACGAGACCAAUGGUUCUAUGGUGAACCCCAUAAAUGUUUAAACUAUGAGUCCCUGUAUCCCAUUUCCUUCAGGAACAUGAAAUGUGGUCGUUAUGUCUAUCAUGAUUCGGUUCGCAAAAAAAAAAAAAAAAAUUCUGAGGAAGCCAUUGUGAUUGUGAACAGACAAAGAAUCUUUCUAAGUGUCAUUUUGGAGGUCCUUUCAGGUGGGGAACUUGUUGCAAUCCCUCAAUUUUGGAGGAAAAAUUACUCCCCUGAAACCAGUUUCAUAUAAGCAAUAUGAAAUGUGAUAGACAUGUCUGCCAGGAGUAGACCCAGCAAAAAAAAGUCUCAAGCAGCCAUGACCUUUUCGGGCUUAUUUCCAAGGACAAACUUGUCAGCUUAGGAGCGCUCCCUCAAAUGUUUUGAAAAUUCAGCCACAGAAACCAGUUCCACACAGCAACAUGAAAUUUGGAAGGCAUUUCUGUCAUGAGUCGACCCACAAAAAAUCUCCAGAAGCCAAGGUUUACAAUCAACCAUUCUAGGAGUUAUUUCCGUUCAUAAACAUGUCAGCUAAAAAGUGCUCCCUUCAAUAUUUGAAAAAUGUAGACCCCAAAGACAGAUUGGCAUAUCUGUCAUGAGUAGACCCACAAAAAUUUCCCAAGAAGCUGGGCCCGAAAAGAGAUCUGCCAUUUUGAUUUGAAGUGGCCAUUUUAGGGGAAUUUCCAGUGGGGCUUGAAAGAUGUUCUUAAUGUAUACUUUUUUUUAUUAUUCACAUUAGAACAAGGUUUCCCCAAUAGAUGGGUGACAAUAAAUUGAGAAUUUCUAUUUUUUCGUGUGACUGUAUCAUGGCGGCAAAGUUUGAUGACUCCCUUCAGUUUGGUAGCACAUUUUGCAAUUUGGUGAAAAUUCAUACCCUGAAGCCAAUGUCACUUAGGAAUGUGAAUUUUGGUUGGCAUGUCUACCAAAAAGUCUGAAGAAGCCAUGCCCAAGAAGUCUGCGAUUUUUGUUUGAAGCGGUCAUUUUUGGUUCCAUAUCAAGGACAAGCAUGUCAUCUGGAAUCUCCUGUACAUGUUAAGAAAUAUUAAUUUGCAACAUUAAAGACGGUCAGUUGAUA